AUGUCUGAUUCCGAACGCGAGGCGUCUGUUCUGGGCAAACGUUCACGGAAUGGCGAAGACGCGGAGAACGGUCACCAGGUUGAAGACGACGAUGCAGAACCCCGUCCGGACGCUAUGGAUGCGGUCGACGACUCGGAAGACGACGUAGGCCCCAUGCCCAUGCCUGCGGAUGUGGAGGGACGCGUCGUGAAGAAGAAACGCAAGGUGCUGCCCCACGAAAAGCUCUACCUCGAGCACCUCCCUUCCGCCGACCGUUACUACAAGAGUUUCAUGCACCGCGAAGCCAUCAACUUCAACGUGUUUACGAGAACAGAGUUCCUGCUGACGACGUCCAUUGAUGGGCACAUCAAGUUGUGGAAGAAACAAGAGCAGGGCAUCGAGUUCGUCAAACACUACCGCGCGCAUCUCGCCCCUGUCGUCGCAGUCUCUGCGAGUGCGGAUGGGCAGUUGUUCGCGAGUGUUGCGGAGGAUGGGAGCGCAAAAGUGUUCGAUGUCAUUAACUUCGACAUGAUCAACAUGCUCAAGCUCGGAUAUACACCUCAUGCGUGUUGUUGGGUGCACAAGCGGGGACAGGCAAUGGGCAUUUUGGCAAUUUCAGAACGUGGCUCGGGUACCAUUCGACUGUAUGAUGGUAGAGGAGAUGGAACUCCGCUUGAGACUAUUGGCAAGCUCCAUCGGUCAUCCGUACAUAUCAUGACCUACAGCGACAGAUACAACUGCGUAGUGUCCGCUGACGAAGGCGGCUUUGUCGAGUACUGGCAGCCUUUAGAGCCCUUUGAUCUGCCGAAGAAUGUCCCUGGGCUGUGGAACUACAAGAGUGAGACGGAUCUGUACGAGUUUAAGAAGUCAAAAUCAACGCCGACCUGUAUCACCCUUUCCCCGGACUCUUCGCACUUCGUCACAUUUUCCCUACCCGAUCGCCAAAUACGCGUUUUCUCCUUCCUGUCAGGGAAGAUGACACGGAAAUACGACGAAUCACUCGUGGCGAUCCAGGAAAUGCAGCAAGCAGGGACCGCCGUGUACAAGGUCGAAGACAUGGAAUUCGGUCGUCGUUUGGCGGCAGAACGCGAGUUGGAGCUCCCGGGACCAGACGACCGCAUACCGGGGAUGUGGAUCAACGCUGUCUGGGAUGAGAGCGGCUCUUUUAUUAUCUACCCGACACUGCUCGGUAUUAAGGUGGUGAACACGGUGACCAACAGGGUAGUCCGACUAUUGGGAAAAGAUGAAACCGUCCGUUUCAUGCAUUUGACACUAUACCAAGGAGCGCCUGCAAGGAAGGGCUUGACCACCGCUGCCGCAGCAGCAUCGUCAAAUCCCUUGCUCGCGGAGAAGGCCGUGCGUGACCCUACAUUGUCCUGCACUGGGUACAAGCGGUCAAGGUUUUACAUGUUCACUCGUUUAGACCCAGAGGAUAAGUCUGGUGACCGUGACAUCUUCAACGAGCGCCCAACGCGCGAAGAGCAGUCAAUUGCAGCUGCAGCACCAGCCAUCCGAGGGGGGCCAUCACCCCUUGCAAACAGCGCAACUAUCCACACGACGCUUGGCGACAUGCACAUUCGUUUGUUCCCACAGCAAGCCCCCAAAGCCGUCGAGAACUUCGUCGGGCACGCACGCACGGGCUACUUUGAGGGCGUCAUCUUCCACCGUGUCAUUCCAAAGUUCAUGAUCCAAACGGGCGAUCCUCUUGGAGAUGGUACGGGAGGGACGUCCAUCUGGGGACGGGAGUUCGAGGAUGAAUUCUCCGACGAACUCAGGCAUGAUAGACCGUAUACUGUCAGUAUGGCGAACGCAGGUCCAGGCACGAACGGCUCGCAGUUCUUCAUCACGACAAACGCGACCCCUUGGCUUGACAACAAGCAUACAAUCUUCGGUCGUGUUUUGUCGGGCUUGGAGGUUGUGCAUGCUAUCGAGAACGUGAAAACAAACAAAGGGGAUAAGCCAUACGAGGAUAUUGCGAUCAUCAACGUCGACGUCGAAUAG